GGUUGAUUGAUGAAGGAAAAUUGAUGGAUGCUCUUGCCAUUUCUGAUCGUUUCUUGCAAAUUGGAGCCUCAGAUCGGUUGCUUCAGUUACUAGUUGAACGCGGAGAGGAAAAUAUAUUGUCCGGACAGUCUCAAGGUUACUCUGGCAACCAUAAUUGGAGCCAUAGCUGGCAGUACUGUCUGCGUUUGAAGGAUAAACAACUGGCAGCUAGACUUGCACUCAAAUAUUUGCAUAGAUGGGAACUGGAUGCUGCUUUGGAUGUUCUCACUAUGUGCAGCUGCCACUUGCUUGGAAAUGAUCCUAUUAAAGAUAAUGUUGUUCAGAUGAGACAAGCUCUCCAGAGGUACAGCCAUAUAUUAAGUGCAGAUAACCGCUUCCACAGCUGGCUAGAGGUGGAGUCCGAGUGUAAAGAAGAUCCUGAGGGUCUUGCCCUUAGACUAGCUGAGAAGGGAGCUGUUUCUGCUGCUUUAGAAGUGGCUGAAAGUGAAGGGCUAUCUAUUGAACUGCGCAGAGAGCUGCAGGGGCGUCAACUUGUGAAGCUUCUAACAGCAGAUCCUUUAAACGGUGGAGGCCCUGCAGAAGCUUCACGUUUUCUUUCUUCUUUACGUGACACUGCAGAUGCUUUACCUGUUGCAAUGAGUGCAAUGCAGCUUUUGCCCAACCUACGAUCAAAACAGCUUCUUGUUCACUUUUUCCUGAAAAGAAGGGAUAAUAAUUUAUCAGAGUCGGAAGUUUCCAGGCUCAACUCCUGGGCUUUAGGGUUACGUGUUCUGGCUGCUUUGCCAUUACCAUUGCAGCAAAAAUGCUCUCCCCUACACGAGCACCCUCAUUUGAUUCUAGAAGUUUUGCUGAUGAGAAAACAACUUCAAUCUGCAUCUCUGAUACUUAAGGAAUUCCCUUCCUUGAGAGACAACAAUAUGAUUCUUAUAUAUGCUGCCAAAGCUAUCGCUGUCAGCAUUAGUUCUCCUUCCAGGGAUCCGAGGAUUUCAAUUUUGACUCCAAGAGCAAGACAGAAGACAAAAAUGGGAACACCUACAAGGUCAUCAUUCACUAGUAGCCUUAGUAAUUUUCAAAAAGAGGCCCGCAGAGCAUUUUCUUGGGUCCAAACUGGAGACAAAGGUGCAUCAAAGGAUACACAUAGGAAGAGAAAGAGCUCUGGUGUAAUGCAAUCUGAGAGAGUGGCGUGGGAGCCAACUACUUCCAUUCAGGAAGACCGUGUUACAUUAUUUUCUGCAGAUGGGCAAGAACGGCUGCCUGCUGUUGCUAUUGCUGAGAUGUGGAUGCUCACAGGUGACCCCAAGAAGGAUGAAGCUGUCCGUUCAUCGCAUCGAUAUGAAAGUAUCCCGGAUAUUACUCUUUUCAAGGCACUGCUUUCAAUGUGUUCGGAUGAGAGUGCAUCUGCCAAAGGUGCUUUGGACUUGUGUGUUGGCCAGAUGAAAAGUGUAUUAAGCUCCCUACAGUUACCUGAGAAUGCAACAAUGGAAACUAUUGGCCGAGCAUAUCAUGCCACAGAAACUUUUGUUCAGGGCCUGCUUUUCGCAAAAUCCCUCCUUAGAAAGCUUUCUGGGGGCACUGACUUGUCAAGUAGUUCAGAAAGAAGUAAGGAUGCUGAUGAUGCAUCUUCUGAUGCUGCAAGCUCUAGUGUGGGUAGUCAGUCGACUGAUGAGCUGUCUGAAGUACUGGCACAAGCUGAGACGUGGCUAGGACGUGCUGAAUUGCUGCAAAGUCUUUUGGGUUCCGGAAUAGCUGCGUCACUGGAUGAUAUUGCUGAUAAAGAGUCAUCUGAGCGACUUCGGAAUAGAUUAACUCUAGAUGAAAGAUACAGCAUGGCUGUCUACACUUGCAAGAAGUGUAAGAUUGAUGUUUUUCCUGUGUGGAAUGCAUGGGGUCAUGCUCUGAUUAGGAUGGAGCGCUAUGCACAAGCUCGUGUGAAAUUUAAGCAAGCACUUCAAUUGUACAAGGGUGAUGCUGCAACUGUUAUAAUGGAGAUAAUUGGCACCAUUGAAGGAGGUCCACCGGUAGAUGUUUCAUCUGUUCGGUCCAUGUAUGAGCAUUUGGCUCGAAGUGCACCAGCCAUUUUAGAUGAUUCUCUCUCUGCUGAUUCCUAUCUCAAUGUCUUAUACAUGCCAUCCACUUUUCCUCGGUCAGAGAGAUCCAGGAGAUCUCAAGAAGCCUUGAAUGACAGUUCUUCCAACAAUACACACUUCGAAGAUGGACCCAAGAGCAACUUGGACAGUGUUAGAUAUCUUGAAUGCAUCAAUUAUUUUCAAGAAGUAAGUCUCUUUUUACCUAGAACAGGUACACUUUGGGAUUACUCUACUUUUUUUCCAAGAUCCUCUACCCAAUUGUUAUCUCGAUAAGCAUGCUUGAAGCAUCUGUAUCAGUGUUAUAUCAGAGUAUUAGUUGUAGCAAAUUGAUCUUUGGUUA